CUAGGCCUAAUACUAUAUAGCGGUUCAAAGUUUUUAUUUUACACGAAUACACACUGAUAGAUUUUCUUAUAGAACCAAAUUUCACAUUUUUUAGAAUCUGGUCUAUUAUACUGUAUUUCUUGUUUUGAAAAGACAUUGAAGACAUGUACAUGACCUGAUUUUUUCCUUUAUAUAUUAUUAUAUUGAAGGUCAAUUGAGAGUUCAUGUAGACUAGAUUUCACACCCGGUUUGCUUCCUGUGACUUUCUAGUUUUCUACUUCGAAAUGUUUUACGUUCCGUCUAUACAAUAAAUAGAUUUAAAUAGAAAUGAUUGCUAGAUUGACUUCAAUGCCAAGUUAAUUUUGGGGAAAUUAUCGCCCCAUUUAUUUUAAUAAAAAGAAUAGCAGUUAUGAUAAUAGCAUUAGUCAACGUAUAUACAUACAAUGUUCGCAGAACUGUUUCAUACGUUAUCUUUUUUUCUAAGGGCUACUUUAAAGGACAAUCAGUGCAUUUUUAAUUUAUUUUAAGCUAUUAUAUUAACAAAAUUCAGUCCUUUGCUUUGAGUAGUACAUUUGCUAAGAGUUACUUAUUUCUCUUAUCCACAAAAUCAUUUUUUCGUGAAAUGUAGAACGUCAUAUUGCAAAUUUUUUAAAUAUUUCAGGUCUUCUCAAUGGGAGUAAGCUCGUCAAGGUAGAGUAUUAAGUGUGCCUUAUGACAAGGGGCAUUCAAUAACGCUUUUUCAAGGAGAGAUAUACAGUUUGCUACUCUCUGAUAUAGUAGCUUUUUAAUUCGGGAAAUGCGCAGAAGAGUAUCAUACAUCCUCAAAUUAUUGCUCCUCCAUAACCUAUUGGUGCAUGUUUUUCAUUGUUUUCUUUAAGGAUGGCCCAGAAAAUUGUCUGGUCUAUUCGUAAGAUAUUGUUAUUUACCGAAUAUCUAUUUCUUUACUUAGUUUUUCUAUUCUAGAGUAAUUUUGGUUGCCGCCAUUUCCACUUUGGUAUAAGCUUAUAGAAUCUUCAGUAAUCUGCUUGCACCACUAUUCUUCUUCAUGUUUUCCUCUAAUUAAGUUUCUACGGCAAUUGUAUAUCUAUGAUCAGUAUUUAGGGAUUUUGCGCCAUCAAAAGGACUAUUAUGCCAUAUAAUGGUGUUUUAUCGUUCCCACGUGUUUCAAUUUUGCUGUCCCUGCUCUGCUGUCUUUCCUUAUACGAAAGAAAAUCGUAUCAGUUAAUUCUAUUUUACUAUAUAUUCAAAUUAUUUACUUCUUAGAAGUUAGUCUUCUCAAUAGAAGGAACGAAAAGAGCACAUUAACUUCUUUCGAAUUCUAUUAAAAUGGCGGAUCAGUCGUUGUCAUUUCACUUUCCCUGAAAAUAAACUCAUUACAGGCGGAGAAGGCAAAUGUAGGAUUUGUUGUUAUAUGGACUGUUUUAUCAGAUUCUGCUUUUCAGCUUAGGAAUUAAUUGAUAUUCACCACACGCAAAUAUCAAAAUCAUUCCUGAACUUGCAGUCACAUCUGUACUGCUUUCAGGACCCCUGCACUUUCAUCAUAUUUGCUAAUGUCACAUUUGUUUGUUUCAUAUAUUGAAUAUUUACCGUAGGAUAUGUAACAAAAUGAUAGAGAUCAGCCUGUUCCCUUGGGCAAGUCCUAGCAAACAAUAAAAAAAUCUAUGAGUUUCAUUAAAAGUCAGUGAAAGUAACAUCAAAACUUUGCGAGUCAGAGAGAAGAUUAGUCUAAUAAUCACUAAAUCAUUAAAUUAUACUGACAAAGUUCAUCAUGUUAACUAUAAGUAUUUACUGAAGUAUAUAACAUGAGUAUUCUCACCAUCAUAAGCUUCAUCAUCACGAUAUGAGGUUGUAUAUUAGACUUCUCCGAAGGUGAAACGCUAAAUUCUGUACACCUGCUGACACUUUUUGGCUUCCACCCAUGUUGGAGAUUUGAAUUGUCGAAACCAAUCCUAAUGGAGUAAAAUUCAGGAAGAGCGCAUGCGUAGAGCUGCUGAAACAUCCAAUCGUCAACAACUUUGGGACUAUUCAGGAAUCGCUGGCUAUGAUGAUUGGCUAAAGUUUCCCAGAAUUCUGGGAUACUAAAGACCGAAAUCACGUGAUCAUCCUAAAACAACGUUUUUUCUCGAAGUUCUACGCUGCUUCUGCUGGAACUAAAAGCGGUAUUUUACCAGAUAUUCAAUUUGUACAUAAAUAAUUGAAUAUAGAAUAUUCUAUUAUCUAAAAUAUCGAUAAAUUUGAUUUUAAGAAUUUUUUCGAUAGAAAUUGAAAGUAAAUAUUCUCAUCGGCCUACCAGUGGAUGCGACUCUGAGAAAAUUACUGUUAGCAUCAAUGUAUACAAAUGUGAAAUACUAAGAUACCGUAAAAAAUUCACUUUUAUUAUUAUUGACGGAAAUCGAUAAACUACUGGUAGUGUCAUCUCCAUUGCAAUAUAUACUACAAACCAAUUGUUUACAUAGACUGAAAAGGAUUUGUAAAGCAUCCGAUUUGGUAUGCAAUUCAUUAAAUGAAUACUUAAUUAUCUCUUGUAACCAAUGAUUGAGUGGUCUUAAACAUGGAAGAAGAUGAGAAAAAAGAUGAAUCCGAUAAUUCGUGCAGCGAUUUGGAUAGCAUUCCAACUUCAUCCUCUUCAAGUCAAUCUUCUAUUGAUGAUCGGAUAGAAAUUCUUGAGGAUGAGUCUAAUGAUUCUUUCAAAUCUCUUAAGAGGAAGGCUGAUAGCGAGUCCGCGGACUUUGAUCAGAGUGGUCAAGAGGGUGAAGAUGUUGAUUGGUCAGAGAUUCCUUCAGAUAAACAACUAAAGAUUGACAAAUUAAAAAUAGCUAGAGUUGAACAGUCAAAAACCAAAUCUGGUGGCGUAUCUCAAAUUUUACCUCAAACCCAGAAUAUUUCGGUAGUUAAUUCAUUAAACAACCAAAAUAAAGGAACCUAUUUAAUAGUUCAACAACCUGGACAGUCGCCCAAUCGUUUACCCACCAGCGGAAUGUCUCUGCUUAGGCUUCCUGGAAACCAAGUUCCCGUACAAAAUCAAUUCCUUUUAGUUCCUGGUCCAACAAAUGUUCCAAAUCAAAGAAGACAAUUAUUACUAAUACCAACAACAGCAGCUGGAGGUCAACCAAAACUUGCUCCAAGAUUAGAGAAAGCAUCGACUGAUUCGGAGAAAAAGAGUCCUUGUAAAGUAGCACCAGAAAGUUUAUAUUUACCCAAGUCUAGUAGAAAAAAAGACAUGGAACAUUUUACAUCUUUAUUUCAUAAUUAUAUGGAAAAAAUUGGAGAAAAGCCAGAAAACGAUGGUAGCUUAUCAGCAUCAAAACCUUGUCGAAAGUGUACUUUUAGAUUCACCAACGAAUCAGCUUUAAAUCAGCAUGAAAAGCAUUCUUUCGAAUUAGGAUUAAUCUGUCAUCGUUGUGACAAAAUGUUAAUUGUUCAUAAUGUUUGUUCAAUAUUGUCUCAUUUAAAGGGCCAUCAUACUGACUGGAAAUCUGGAAUUUUACAAAUGUCAGUCAAAUGGCAUUUAGAUAGUGGUAUUUCUUCCCAAGACAACAAAUUAGAUAUAUCUUAUUUCUCUAAUACGGAUAAACCAUCAAUUAGAGGAAAAUGUCUGUACUGUAGUGCAACUGUUGAUGAUUUGAAAAGCCAUCUUAGAGGUGAACCAGAAGAGCAGGCAAGGAGUCAGUGUCCCCAUUGUCAACAAUUGUUUGGAUCAAAGUGUGCACUAAUAGCUCAUAUGAACACCUGCCAAUACGUGGGAAAAAGGGAAAAGAAGGAAAUUGAUGACAAUGUCUCUUCAUAUUCUUCCUGCCCAGAAUGCGGUCUCAUUGUUCGAGAUUUGGAAAUAUUAACAAAACAUUACUAUCUCACGUGCCAUCACAAUUCUAGAAGAAUGAAAUUUAUUUGUCAUUUUCCAGAUUGUGGAUCAUUGUUUGACGAUUUUUCUCAUUAUAUAGAUCAUCUAUCUUUCAAUCAUGACAGCCUUUUGCGGAAAUGUCCAUUGUGCCCGGUUGCAAUAAAAGUUCACGGUGAAACUCCUGUCGGAAGUAGAUUUGCAGAGCAUAUGACAAAUCACCAUAAGGAUCAUAAAGAUAUGAAUAUUGAAUCUACUACUAAAGCUUAUUCCUGUAUCUUCUGUCCUAAGAAGUUAUUUGUUCAGCGUCAUUCCUAUACAAUGCAUAUGGCAACUCAUGCUAAGCAAAAUUUAGUUGUAUUUUAUUCCUGCUAUAUUUGCCCUAAGGGUUUUCUUAGCUAUGAAGAUUUUCGUCAUCAUCUGAAGCAGACACAUGAUUUUCAACUUUGUCUCUUUAUGUGCCCAGUAUGCGGAUCAAAUUACGUUGAGCAGAAUGAGAAAUGCUUAAAAGAGCACGUGGCAACUUGUCCUAAAAAUAAAGAUGAAAAAGCUUUCACCUAUCCAAAGGUAAAAGAGUUUACUCACGAACAAUGCGAUUUCUGCUUAAUUGCUUUCCGUACAAAUGAUGCUUAUAAAAUUCAUAUGAAAGAGAAGCAUGAUGGAAUAUCUCAAGAUAUUCAACCGUAUCAACCGAUUUUAAAAGUAAAGCCAAUGGAGAAAAAGACCAAUAAACCUGCUACAGCAAGCAUGGAAAAAAUCGGUAAGAAAAUAUGUUUUGAAUGUGGCGAAAAAUAUUUAAGUUGGAGAGAACUUGGAGAACACGAAUCUACAUGUCACAAUAAAAAUUAUCCAGCAAUUUGUCAUUUAUGUAAUUCAUCAUUUUCUAAUAGAAACUAUUUGGAUGAACAUUUAUCAUUUGAACAUUUGGGAAGAGUUCGCCAACAAAUAACUCAAUUAAUUUGUAAUAUUUGCGGAAAAUCUAAAACAUUUGCCAAAAAGGACAAACUUCGCCAACAUUUAUUAACUUUUCAUGAUAAAAAUUUAACAAAGGAGGAAUUGGCGGAUUUUAUCGAGAAUGGCAAAGAAGAUUUGUCAACCAGUUUAUCAGCAAAUGAUGUUCGACUUUUAUCUUUUUCAAAAGGUAAAAGAAUUUGCGCAAGAUGCUCAUUUGAAACGAAAAAUUCAGAGGAUUUUAUUAUUCAUAUAAGGAAGCAUGCUGUUCAAACAAUUGAUCAUGUUGUUCAAUGUACUUAUUGUGGCUUAAAUUUCGUUGGAGUGGCGGGUUUAAAGCGACAUGUAUUUAUUGUUCAUGAUAUUGGAGAUAGUAUUGAUCUAAAAUCUACGUCAAAAGAGGAAAUUCCACAAAUGAUCUCUAGUCUAAUUGAUAGUAAUGAGAGUGAAAAGUGUAUGUCAGUGAAGAAAGAAGAAACUCUAUCUUGCAGAGAAUGUCAAGAGGAGUUUGAUGAUAAAGAUGUGUUGGCUAAGCAUUUGAGAAAACACGGAAUGGCCUUUAUUAAACAUACGUUAAGCUGAAUAAAAAGAAGCAAAUGCUUAAAUUUAGUCCAUAAACAAUAAAAUUUUCUUUUUCUCUUAAAGAGAGACAGAGAUAGAGAUAGAUGUAGAGAGAAAGAAAGACCAAGAAAGAGAGAGAAAGAGAGAAAAAUAUUUAUACCACCAAUUGAAUAAUAUAAAAAUAAGCUUUAUUAACUUCUUUUGAAACUGUAGAUAUGGAAAGACCUGUCCAAUAAUUGUGUUGCUAAAAACAAGGGAAAUAAUAUUCACGCUUAAUUUUAAUAAAUUCCUAUAAAUUAUUCAAUUUAUUUAAAUAAUUAAUGAAAAAUUGUAUAUAGUUUAUUUUGUUUUCUUUAAACUUGAUGGCUAAGUUAGUUAUCGUUUAGUUUUAAUAGUUACACUUGUAAUGUUUAUAUUUGAAAUAUUUUUAAUAAUAAAAGAAUAAAUGAAAUUAAUUGGCCAUUUAAUCAAAUCUUAAAGUUAUGGUUAUUUUCUUUUAUAUAUCUGUCAACUAUUAGAGAGUUUUUGUUACACAUUUCAGGAGUUUGAUUCUGUUACUAUACCCUUUUUC